CAUAAACUGAUGAAAGUCCAAGACAUACGUGGUAGUUUGAAUACAUUAUCAUUGUUAUCUACAGCAGUUUGUCCGAUGUAUUACCAGUACAAAGAGUUAAAAUAGAGCGAAAGUAAAGUAUUUAAAUGUAUCUUUCAUCUUCCCGCAUAUAUAUUUCAAUAUUGGAUGUUAAGAGCUGGUGUAGUCGCUGCAAUAAAAGCAUUACCAAAUCGAAGUAUGAGCAUAUUCACGCAAUGCUUGAAUCCUCUGACUGGUGUUGCCUCUUGGGAGGAGAAAGAUCAGUAUUACGAUUAUCAUCAAGAAGUAGCUAGAUCCGCCUUUGCAGACAUGCUGCAUGAUCACGAACGAAAUGAGAAAUAUUACGUCGGCCUCAAAGCUGCAAUUGAGAAGAAACAUCAGGCCGGCGAAGAGGCUAAUGUUCUUGACAUAGGCACUGGGACAGGCCUGCUGUCGAUGAUGGCUGCUAAAUGCGGAGCGGACACCAUAACGGCAUGCGAGGCUUUCAAACCAAUGGCCAAUUGCGCCGCAGAAAUAAUAAAGGAGAACGGCCUCGAAGAUAGAAUUAAGCUGAUCCGCAAGCGUUCUACGAAGAUGACAGUGGGCGAGGGUGGUGACAUGCCGAAGCGCGCGAAUAUUCUAGUCACUGAGGUGUUCGACACCGAGCUGAUUGGCGAGGGAGCGUUGUCAACGUUCCGUCACGCGCACGAGGUUCUUCUCGAGGAAGACAGCAUAGUCGUUCCGCACAAAGGCACGGUAUGGGCGCAAGUGGUCGAGAGCUCGAAAGUCUGUGGAUGGAACCGGGUGAAGCCUAUUAAGAGCGGAGAAAUAUUGAUUGACGCUCCGCCGACUAUUCAGGCGUGCUCUGGCGCCGCAGCUGUGCACGACAUGCAACUGUCGCGUCUCCCUCGCGAUACUUUUGUGCCUUUGCUGCCGGCACAGCCUAUUUUCAGGUUUGACUGGUCUGGCAAGAAACCUUUAUUGAACAAGGAAAAGAUAUCAUUACCUACGCAACCGAUAACAAACGGCAUCGCACAUGCAAUCUUUAUGUGGUGGGACUUGAACAUGGAUACAGAUAAUCAGGUGUUGCUGAGCUGUGCACCUGUAUGGGAGCAUCCAGACGUACCCGAUAACAUGAAGAAAGAUGCCUCGUGUUUGCAAAAGAUGGCGGAUUCGAUACCUUGGCGGGAUCACUGGAUGCAAGCUGUCUAUUACCUUCCGGAAGAAGUGUCCAUCACUUGCGGCGUCGAGGUCAACCUUAUCGGCUAUCACGAUGAAUAUUCCUUCUGGUUUAAAUUAUUGAAUGGACCUAUAGAUGAGAUUCCAGAUUGCCAGAGGCCCGAGUGCAAUUGCUGGGCGCAUAUCGCGUACUCGCGGACGCGUAUUGGUCAACUGAACGACACGGCUCGUAAUCAGAGGUACCUGCAGGCUUUGCAGAAGAAGAUCACCCCGAGCAGCGUUUGCCUCUGCGUCUCGGAUGGCUGCCUGUUGGCUCUCGCGAUCGCGAGAUUGGGCGCAAAGGUGUUCCUGCUGGAACAGAAUUUCCUGUCGCGUAGAACCAUGGAGAUGUUCGUGCAGACAAACGAGCUCUCCGAUCGCAUAAAGAUCGUCGAGUCGGUCGACGGUCUGCCGGAGGCGAGCGAAAUCGAUUUCAUCUUUGGCGAGCCAUACUUCCUGAGCUCCAUCGUGCCGUGGGAGAAUCUACGAUUCUGGUAUCUCACCUCCAGAUAUCCGUCGAGUAUCGCGAGGAUGCCGGUCGCGGCGACGGUCAAGGCCGCCGCUGUCGAAUUCAAGGAUUUGCAGAAGAUAAGAGCUCCGCUUGGCACUUGCGAGAGUUUCGACCUGUCCUCUUUCGACAAACUUAUUCAAAUAUCCAGCGAGAAAAGUGAUAAUCCCGUAGAGGCGCAGCCACUUUGGGAGUAUCCUUGCAAAGCGUUAUCUUCGUCCUUCGAUAUUAUAAAGCUCGAUCUGACACGGAAUGUAAAUUUCGACAAACGCAAGAGAAUAACAGGAGAGAUUCCGAUUUUAGACAGCGGCUGCUGCAAUGGCGUCGCUAUUUGGGUGGAUUGGCAAUUGGACUCGGAUCUGUCAGUAUCUUGCGGCCCGAUUGAAGAAAUAGUACCUGGCGAGCGCGUGUCCUGGGAUCCGUACACGAGGCAAGGUGUGCACCUAUUUCGUACAGUAUCAAAUGUUACGAAAGAAGAUGCACUUUCGUGGUCUUUCACUUUCGUCCCACAAAGUGGGGAAGUGGAAUUUGAAUUUAAUAUACUGACGAAUGAUUGAAUGUAUUAAAAUGCGACGGUUUGUUUGCUCGCUUAAAGUUAUUUAAUAAUUUGUAAAAUAGUGAAAUGCUUUAAU